CACGCGCAUAGCGUAGCUUUAAGCUCCAGGGGCGUGAGAUGAUAAAUUCACGGAAAAUAUUAAACUCUAAAACCCUGCUAUGUUUAAAUUGAAGUCUGUUUAAAGCUUGUUUAAGGUAAUUCAGUGUUGUUAAAUGUGUCGGUUUUUACUUUCAAUAUGUACUUAAUGGUCGCGUAUGUACUUGUGUUCAGCGCAAUGUUUGAGGCCGCUACGACUAGCAAAAGAAGUUAUUCUGAUCAAUCUAUAAAGGGAUACAUUACUGAGAGAACCUGCUGGUGGAACGAAGUAUGCAAGGAGGAAUUUCAAAGGCUGUUCCGGUGCAAGUGCCCUUCCUGGUCGUACUGCCGAAGCCCUGGCAGAUAUUACAACGCCGUCUGCUCGAUGACUGAGACCGGGUACAUAUGGGACCAACCAAACUCCCAAUGGAGAGGCCAAUGAUCAAAUGGCCAGUUUCAAUAUCACUUGAUUAUUCCAAAAAUAUUUUUUCUCCACUUAAUAACGCAUUGGAAAAUAAAACCGCUUAAUAUUUCCAAAUGUGCCAAAGUUCAACGAAUACCUGAGACUGAUUCGGUAGGGAAAGAAAUAAAAUUUC